AUGCCAUCAACAAGAAAUCAUGAAUCUUUUUGGUAUUUUGCUAUUGGUCCUGGUUGCCCUGGCGGCGUUGGCGAGCGCUGGGCGUCACUCGCACUCCUCAUCUUCGGAGCGUCGUCGCCAUGGUGGACGCGGGGGCCACAGCCGCGAGCGCUUCCAUCCCCCUCCUCCCCCUCCUCGUCGUGGACCUUGGGGACGCAAAUAGAGGUGCUCCGACAAGAACUA